UCAUAUCAAAGAGCCGUUCAAAAGAAUCGGCUCGUUCGCGACCGACACAUCACUAGUUCUCACUGGAACAAGAAGGACGUCAGUGCUACCUUAUCGGCUAAACUUGGAGCAACAGAGCCAUUUUUGAGCAUGCUUCAUAGGCUCGCUACUUCUCUGCGGCGGCCGGCUGUCCCUCCCUUCGCGGCCGCUGUACGGUGCCUUUCUUCGGGAUCAGUGGACAUCAAGGUCCCGCUAAACUUCUGGGCAGGGAAACGACGGACGAGCCAAGAGAAAUGCAACAAGGAAAAUGUUUACGAACCUGCAACAGGGCGAGUCCUGUGCCCUUUAGAGCCGUGUGGUGCGGCGGAGGUCAAUCAGGCUGUGGAGGCUGCCAAGUCUGCCUUUGGUCAUUGGAGCAAAAUGUCUGGGAUGGAGAGGGCGAAGAUCAUGAUAGAAGCUGCUCACAUCAUUGAGCGCAGGAGAGAGGAGAUAGCUGAAAUUGAAGUAGUCAACAACGGAAAGUCCAUCACAGAGGCUCGUCUGGAUGUGGAUUCGGCCAGACUGUGUAUAGAGUACUAUGCAGCGCUGGCCACCACUCUGGCAGGCCAGCAUGUGCAGUUGCCUGGGGGAUCGUUCGCCUACACCCGCAGGGAACCUCUGGGCGUCUGCGUCGGCAUCGGGGCCUGGAACUUUCCUUUCCAGAUCGCUGCCUGGAAAUCUGCUCCAGCCCUGGCCUGUGGCAACUCCAUGGUGUUCAAGCCCUCCCCGGUGACCCCUGUGACGGCGGUCCUGCUGGCAGAGAUCUACGCCAUGGCCGGAGCUCCAGAGGGGCUGUACAACGUGGUGCAGGGCGGCCAGGAGACCGGCAGCCUGCUCUGCCACCACCCUGAUGUAGCUAAGGUGUCCUUCACCGGGAGCGUGCCCACAGGAAAGAAGGUCAGUGUUUUAUACACGGUGCAGGGCUCGACAUUAUAA